CUAGCUACCGAGCCCGUGACGUCUCAUGGCCCCUUGAACUCCCCACAACUAACAUUCUCAUGCGCCUCCUCCGUUUCGUAUCCCUAAGACUGUGCAGACGACGGCGAAGGCAGUCAGAGUCAGAGCCAAGGACGUCCCUCAGCACCUAUCUCCCGCCAUCAAUCACUAUCACGCAGCCGCCGCGAAGGAUCUAGCAAUGUCUGGCCCUCCACCAAUCUAAACUUCAUGGACUCCAGUACAGGCCCGAGUUCAACUAUGUCCUCCCUUCACAAUCCCUUAGCCAGCAUCCCAGCGCAACCCACUAACUCCUCCAACAUCAAUGUCUCUUUAAUGUCUCCGCCUCCAUCGGUGUACUACAACUACUACAAUAGCGCCUCCAGCGAUCUAAAAGACUUGAAUAACGUUCUAUCGCACUCGAUACAUAACAAUACAAAUGCAGACGCAAACACAAUUACAAAUGCAGGCUCACUUCUAGAUUGGUUCACAACCCCACUUGAUCAGUUCCUCAACAGCUCGACCACGGUCGUUGAUCAGGGACUGGGCGGGACGGGGCCGAUGUUGAGGGAGUAUGAUAUGUUAAAGGGUGUUGCUUAAUGAGCAGCAUAAUAGGAAUGGGGGCAUCGAUUUGGGAGAGGAUGAAUUGGGAGGGACGUCGCAUUCGAUGCAGUCAUGAUUUAUUAAUCGGUGGUUGCAGGGCGUUUGGGUAUGAUUUCUUUCUUGUAUAUUUUUACUGAAGGGAAGGGCUUGUUUUUAUUCAUUUUCCCUGAUAUGGAGUGAUACAGUAUAUGAC